CCCUCAGCCGUGUGUGUGUGUGUGAGCAGAGAGUCAGUCUGGAGGAUCCCGCAGAGUCUCCGCGCGGCUCCGGUUUGUUUCUGCGCUCUUCGGUCAACUUUCCGCGGCUCGGAUCUGCAGUUUCCCCGAGGAGCACAGCAUGAGGAGCGGCUCGCAGAGCAGAUUGUGUGUGUUCUGGUGUUGUGUGCUGGCCGUCCUGCCCUCAACAACAGCGGAUGAAGCAGAGAAACCGGCAGCAGGACGGCAGUCUCGUCAGGUGGAGGAGGCGGUGCUUGAAGGCGUCUGGGCUCCAUGGAGCGAGUGGGUGGAGUGUUCUCAGACCUGUGGAGUGGGCGUGGCCGAGAGGCGGAGGCAGUGUAUGCCGCCGCCCCAAACUCCACCCCUUACAUGGAAUAGACCAUCUUAUCUUCCACCAGGUGUCCCGAACAACACCCCAGUGAUCUCUGCAGUCAGACCCUACUACAAUAACCUGUAUCCUCCCAAUGAACCAUAUGUAGCAGAGAGACCUCCGUUUUUCUCCCCACCUCUCCCAGCCAAUCAGAAUCCAGGAUUACCGCUCUACCGUAAUGAAGGCGGGCAGUUCAGCUCAUCUGGUCAGGAGCCGGUUUCGGUUUAUCGUUCGCCUUCCUCGUCUGCUUCACUGCCAUAUAGUAGAGUUCCAGCACGGACACCGAGUCAUGGAAGAGGCGGAGCCACUGGCAGCAGGAGGACAGUGUCCACCAAUAGGGAUCCAGCGUCUGUCAGAAGGUCUAGCUCGUCUAUUCGUCCUGGACAGUUUGGAUAUGGCAGAGUGCCGUUUUCUCUUCCUCUACACAGACAAAACCGACAUGCGCGCCACACACACCACAACAGCACCACUGAUAGUCUGGACGCUCUGAAUGUGAACUCCAGCUCACAUGUGGAAAAAUCUCACGGAGAAGCAGAAAAAACGCCUGCAGACAGAGUGAGUGAGAGGAAAGAGGUGGAGAAUGAUGAUGGAGAGCAGCGCAGACGAGUGAGAAUCCCUCAUAUACGGCCCCCGCCGCAGAGAAACGGCGCCCGAGACAGACGCAUCGACGGCCGCACGUCCCGCCAGGCUCCUCCAUCAUACACACACACCAUCAGCAGAACACACACUUCCAGAGACCCUCCUCCUUACGACCACCAAACGCCUUCAAACCCCAACCCAGAGCCCUGGACCCCUGUGCAGACCCCGGGAAAUGAGCAGGACUGGAGGCCUCCAGUAACAGGGAACUACAGAUGCUCAGGCAGAGACAGAGAAUACCGCAGGUGCAGUCUUCAGGCGUGUCCAGGUGCUGCAGUGAGCUCCAGGGCUGAUCAGUGCUCCGCCUUCAACACUCAGGAGUUCAUGGGUCGUGUGUAUGACUGGGAGCCGUUCACUGAAGUGGGUCUGGAGCAGCAGUGUGAGUUAACCUGUCGGCCGGUUGGUUACCGCUUCUACGUGCGCCAGGCGGAGAAGGUUCGAGAUGGGACGCCCUGUGCAAACAACACACCCACUGAUGUUUGUGUGGGGGGACGCUGCCUGAGCGAGGGUUGUGACGGUGUGCUGGGCUCUGGGCUGGUCCGGGACCGCUGUGGUGUGUGUGGCGGUGAGGAUGGCACCUGUGAACGGGUCAGCGGGAGCUUCAUGAACACCAGUGUUCCUCUGGGAUACCACAAAAUCCUGGACAUCCCACCCGGAGCCACGGCUAUCAACAUCACAGAGAGACGAGCCAGCCCAAACUACCUGGCUCUGCGCAGUGGAACAGGUCAGUCUGUGGUGAACGGCCGCUGGGCUGUGGAUCCUCCAGGAGAGUAUCAGGCAGGAGGAGCCGCUUUCCUCUACACUCGACCCAAAGCAGAGCCUCAGGAGCGGGGAGAGGACAGAGGAGAGACCCUCACUGCUGCUGGACCCACAACUGCACUGCUGCAGCUAUAUAUUAUUUUCCACAGGCAGAAUCCAGGCAUCGACUAUGAAUAUUACAUCCCAGUGGAUAAACGGAGAGACGGAGAGAGAGAGGUGCUCAGGGAGAGAGAGAGAGGGCGAUCGGCACUCAGAGAGACCACUGGAGUCUCGAUGGCAGUGGAAAACCCUGUUGCGUCUCCUCCAGUGUCAUCUUCCUUCCCUUUAUCAUCAUCUUCCUCUGGAUCUGAUCGAUGGACGCCUGAGAGGCCCCGCCCACAGGGCUUAGGACCCAAUCGAAAUGCCCGGAUCCCUCCAAGAACAGACCUCCCGUUGGACAAUCAGCCAGUGUUUGUGUGGAGACGAGGAGCGCUGACGGAAUGCACUGCCAGCUGUGGGAAAGGCUCUCAAUACCAAGAGAUUGUGUGUGUGAACAGACACACAGAACAGGAGGUUCACGAGAGGAGGUGUGACUCUGCAACCAAACCCGUGCCAGAGGAGCAACCAUGUAAUGUUCAUCCAUGUCCACCAUUCUGGGAAAUGGGGGCGUGGUCAGAGUGCAGUGUUUCCUGCAGUUGGGGUGUUCAGCAGCGUCAGAUACAGUGCAGGCAGAGUUUUGGGAACCGUUCAACGAUGGUCCACCCUCAGCGCUGUGCUGGUCUGACCCGUCCCAACGCCACACAGCCCUGCCACCCUCGCGUCUGCUCACACUGGGAGAUCAGCACCAACUGGAGCACGUGUUCGGUGGAUUGUGGAAUGGGAAAGCGAACCCGGAAUGUGCGCUGUGUCAGUAACCAUGGCAACACUGUGAAUGACAGGGAGUGCAAUGACAGGCUCCGCCCACAGCAAAGCGAGGACUGUCACAUGGGUCCGUGCGUCACCAACUGGUACUUCACUGAUUGGACACACACUUGUUCUGCGGCGUGCGGGCCGGGUGUCCAGCGCAGGGAGGUGGUGUGUGUGAGCGCUGGAGGCCGGAGAGAAGGAGACGGAGGACUGGAGUGUGUCGGGGACAAACCUGCGGACAUGAAGGCCUGUAACGGAGGCCCCUGUACAGCCACAUACCUCUGGUACAGCGGGCCCUGGGGACACUGUAACGCAGCGUGCGGGAACGGCACUCAGCGCAGAGACAUCAUCUGUGUGAGGAAGAGCGGCAGUGAGUUUACGGUCAGCGGCUCCAGCGACUGCUCUCACCUGGAGAAACCCUCACCUGUGCAGCCCUGUGAGCUGCAGCCCUGCACACCGCAGUGGUUCACCACCGACUGGAGCACGUGCUCUCGCUCCUGUGGUGAAGGGCUCCAGACACGAGAGGUGCGCUGCCUCACACCAGACAAACAACACAGCGCCACCUGCCAUCCAGACACCAGACCUGCACACCAGCAGCCCUGCAACACCAUUCCCUGCAGCCCCUUCGAAGAUGAAAACUGUAAAGACAGACGGCAUAACUGUGUAACGGUGGUUCAGGCUCGGCUCUGCGUCUACUCCUAUUACAAGACGGCCUGCUGCGCCUCCUGUACCCAAAGUGCUCAGCGGGCCAAAAGACAUUAAGCCUAUGCACAGAAUCACAGACAUUCACCGCAGGCCAUUCACAGAGCGCUUCAGAGUUCUAUCAGCCAAUCAGAGGCCAGUCUAAUUCAGUUGGAGACAUUUCUAGGUUGAUCUGAGCUGAGAUCAGGAUUCUCUUAAAGGGCCAGUUCACCCAAAAAUGAAAUUCUGGCAUCAUUUACUCACCCUUCAAAUCUGUUUGAGUUUGAACACAGAAGAAGAUAUUUGACUUCCGUAGCAUUUGUUUUCCCUACUAUGGAAGUCAAAUGUUUGAAACCACUUAAAGGAGAGUAAAUAGUGAGUAAAUUUUCAUUUAAUGAUUGAACUGUGCCUUUAAAUUGAAAGCAUAAAGGUAAACUCUGCUAUUUCCACUCAUUUUACAGCUCCCCUAAAGCUAAACAGGCGAGUUUGACCAUUUUUUAAUCCAUUCAAUCGAGCUCUGGGUCUACACUUUUAGCUUAGCUUAGCAUAAUUCAUUGAAUCGGAUUAGACCAUUAGCAUCUUAGUCAAAAAUAGUGAGUAAAUUUUCAUUUAAUAGUUGAACUGUGCCUUUAAAUGGAAAGCAUAAAGGUAAACUCUACUAUUUUCACUCAUUUUACAGCUCCCCUAGAGCUAAACAGGCGAGUUUUACCAUUUUUAAUCUAUUCAAUCGAUCUCUGGGUCUACACUUUUAGCUUAGCUUAGCAUAAAUCAUUGAAUCGGAUUAGACCAUUAGCAUCUUACUCAAAAAUUUCAAAAAAGGCAUGUUUAACAUUACGUGUCCACCGAAGUGUUUUUAUUCUCACGCUGAGCUCUCAUCAGUGUCACUUUUAAGAUAGGUGUCCAAUCACAGUAGAGGAGGGGAGGGAUUAUACAACUCAACUGUCAACAAAUAAUCUGCUAAAGAUUUUUAACUUGUAACGGUACAGCGGGGAUACACUGUAUCAUAACAACCGACUGAAAGAGAUAUAUGCAUUAAAGUUCUAAGUGUUUGUAGAAAAGCAUCUCUUCUUUGUACAUUUUUGAGUGAGAUGCUAAUGGUCUAAUCCGAUUCAAUGAUCUAUGCUAAGCUAAGCUAAAAGUGCUCCCGCCAGACUCGGAGAUAGGCUGAAUGGAUUCAGAAAUGCUGAAACUCACCUGUUUAACUCUAGAGGAGCUGUAAAAUGAGACUAUGAGCAAAAAAAGUGGAGAGUUCCUUUAAUAUUUGACCGUAUGUGGGCUCAGAUUGAGUCAGCGGCACUGCAUUGUCAAACCAUUCCUUUAAUCCCAAAUGCACGGAGGAUUAUAUUCUGGACGCAUAUAUGAAGAUAUUCUAGAAGAUGCUUUUGUCACAUAUGAAGUGUCGCGUGCUAUUCGUAAGUCAGUCAGCAUAAUUGGACAAUGGUAUGUACACUAGUGUUGUGUUUAUGAGUCACAUGACCAAAAUAUUAAUGAUAAUAUAAACACUCUAAAUUAUGUUGCAUUAGCACUAAAAAAUGUACUCCAUAUGAAAAAAUACUAUGGUAUUUCAGAGUAAAUUUACUAUAGAAGAUGUAGAACAUUACCUAUGGUGUUUUUAAGGAGUACUACAGUACAUUGCAGUGAUGUGGUAUUUCUGUUAUAGUAACUCAUUCAUUCAUUUUCCUUCGGCUUAGUAUCUUUAUUCAUCAGGGGUCGCCACAGGGGAAUGAACCACCAACUAUUCCAGCGUAUUUUUACACAGAGGAUGGUCUUCCAGCUGCAACCCAGUACUUGGAAACACCCAUUCACACACAGAGCCACAGUGCUAACCACUGAGCCACCAUGUCGCCCGGUAAUCAAUCCACUAUAGUUAAUUCUAUACUGCAAAACACAACGAUACAGUUUUAUAGUAGUCAUUUCUGAAGUAUACUAUAGUAUUUUCUCAUGUGGGAGUGAACAGUGGGGGAAAAAAAAGACAGAAUUCUGAAAUGUAAAUGCAUAUACUGUCAUUUAUAAUGUAAACAGCAGCAGAUUUUCCUCUUAAAACGAGUCCCUCUUGCCUCACUUGUGUAAAUUGUAAGCUAGAAGCUACAAGUUUGGGAAAUUUACUGUAAAUCUAUUGAUUUCUGAGCUAUAAAACAGAUAUAGCGCCUCUCAAUUUGAGGCUUUUUAGCUUUUUCUCCUUGUUUCUGAAUGUAUAUCAGCCAUUUUGUAUUGUUUUGAUCUUUUUUGUGUGUGUGUGUGUGUGUGUGUGUGUGUGUGUGUGAUGAUGUUUUUUGUUGUUGUUGUCUUAUCUUGGUUGCCCACAUUUCAUUCAUUCAUUUUCCUUCGGCUGAGUCCCUUUAUUUAUCAGGGGUCGCCACAGCGGAAUGAACCGCCAACUAUUCCAGCAUAUGUUUUACACAGCGGAUGCCCUUCCAGCCGCAGCCCAGUACUGAGAAACACCCAUACACACUCAUUCACACACACACACACACACACUCACACACUAAGGCCAAUUUAGUUAAUCAAUCCCCCUAUAGCGCACGUGUUUGGACUGUUUGGACCCGGAGGAAACCCACGCCAACAAGGGGAGAACGUGCAAACUCCUCACAGAAACGACCACUGACCCAGCCGGGACUCGAACCAGCGACCUUCUUGCAGUGAGGCCACAGUGCUAACCACUGAGCCACCCCAGGUGUCAACAGUGUAAAUGUAAGCAAAAUGCUUGUUACAGAAUCGAAAUCCCUCCUUAAUAUCAUCAUCAUAAACCGCAGUUGUGCAAAUCGUCUGAUAUCACACAGUCGCAAUGCUAAUUCAGAGGCGUUAUCUUAUGGUCUAGUUAUUAAAUAUGCAGAUAGUGUAGUGAUUACAGCCAAAGCGAUGUACAGUAAGAGUGUACCGGGGUAAACUCAGCUCAUAGCUACAGUAUAACCACUAGACACACACACAGAGGCGCAGAGAGCAGUUCAGUAUAUGCAGAAACACAUGCUGACACUAAUAGGGGGAGUUAAGUGUGUGUGUGUGUGUGUGUGUGACUGAGAGUAUAAGUCUGUAUGUGUGUGUGUGAGGGUGUAUAUGUUGUUUGUGUGUGCGUUUGUGCGGUGUAUGUGAAUGUGUGUGAGUGUGAGUAUAAGUCCAUAUGAGUGAGUGAGUGUGUGUGUGUGUGAGUGAUCACUCACUGCUUGUGUGUAUGUGGGUGCGUGCGUGCUUGUGUGUGAGAGUAUAAGUCCAUAUCAAUAUGUGUGUAUGAGGGCAAGUCCGUUUGUGCGUGUACCUGUGUGUGUCUGUGUGUGAGCACUCAAUGCUUGUGUGUGUGUUUGUUUGUGUAUGUGUUUACGUGUGUGCACUCAUAUGUGUAGGUGUGUGUAUUAGAGUAUAAGUCUGUAUGUGGGUGUGUUUGUGUGUUAGUGUAAGUCCAUGUGUGUGUGUGUGUUUGUGUGCGUGUGACUCUGUGCAUAUGUGGGUGUGACUGUGAGUGUAAGUCCAUAUGUGUGUGUGUGUGUGUAUGUGUGUGUGUGAGAGUUUAUGUACAUAUUUUGUAUGUAUAUUAUCACGUAUGUUUAGACAGGUAGCAGAUGCUCUGUAGAGGUCUAAGAGAUGCUUUUAUAUAUGAAACAGGAACCAUCGCUAUUUAUCUAUGAGAAAAGACAUAUAAUUUAUUAUUUUUCUUAAAUGGAUCAGUUUCUGUCUGUGGAAAUUCAAGAUCGGCUCGUCAUUGUUAUAUAUUUGCCUUGCUUUGUUAUGUAAUAAACAGUGUGCAGAUUUUACCACAAUUAUUAUUGAUAAUAAACCAACCUAAAACCC